UUCCCGAAUGAAAAGGAGAUUUAUCAGUGCCGUAUAUUUUCUGACGUUUAAUUUAAAACCACAGAAAACUUAAGUUUAUGGAAUUUUAUAACAUGUACCUUCAAAUAAAACCAGAUGACUUUUAUUUUGAAAGGCACAGAUUGGUACCUGACCGGAAAACAAACCCGAAAUACAAAUAUUUUAUUUAACAUGAUUGCUCUUAUGGGAAAGGAAAAGGUUACUUUGGUAGCUAUUGGUUAUUUGUUGGUUUGAAACUUAAUAGACUAUUAAGUAAGAAAUUAUACAGUAAAGACCUUGUUCAUGUUAUUAUUUGAAUCAUUUUGAGACACUGCGGGGCUGGAUUAUCGCCAUCUUUGUUCGGGGCAAAGAUGCCGAAAAGUUGUUCUGCAUUUCAUUGCACCAGUAGGUACAAUAACAAAAAUCCAGACAUCACGUUCCACAGGUUUCCUUUCAGUAAACCAUCAAUUCUGAAACAAUGGUUAGAUAACAUUGGACGUGACGACUUUCAGCCGAGGAAGCACAUGGUCAUCUGUUCACUACAUUUCACUCAAGAUUGUUUCAGUGGUUUGGGUAACCGCAAAAAUCUGCUCUGGAACGCUGUGCCAACCCUCUUUACAAUCCCACCUCAGGAUGCAAAGCAAAAGAAUUCUAGGAAGAAGCAGAAAAUAACUUUUAAAUCUGCUGCUGAUAAAUGGGAUGAAAUUGCACCUGCAAGGAAUGUUCCUGAGACUGAGGAUGCUCAAAGUGAGAUGCAUAAAGCGCAUGUCCAGCCACUGUCUCACAGUAUUGAAGGGGUUAAUUGUGAAACAACAAAGGAUUUGGCAAUCGCAGACCACACAUAUACCCUUUUGGAUGAACGCACAACCAAAGCCCGUCUGUUUGAUGUUUUAGAUAUCAGCAGAUGGCUACAGAAAAGGUUACAGUCCAAAUGCAAAGUAAUAAAAAGAAUGAAGCUCAAACUGCAAGCUACACAAAGAGAGCUUCUGAUUUUGCGCCAUCAGCGUGGAUGUAGCCAUACACAUCGCCAUAGACUCUCACAUCUGCAAAUACAGAGAGGCAGUAAUGCCAAGACCUAGUUAAGUAGUAAUAAAGACAUUUAGUUGCACAAACAUUUCAGCUUUUGAUCCUGAAAAACAUAUCACUGU